GUAAUUGCUCUUUCUCUUAUAGGAGAGCUGACGUCAGGCAGUUCCAGCCGUGCAGCUUCUCAGGGAAACACUGCCUUUGUGGAGUGAACGAGUUUGUAGCAGCCUGCAAGGACAACAGUGAGUUUAUGUGGAGUUCAAAUCACAGAUCUGAUCAACAUGAGUAGAGUCGGUGCAGUAUAGCAGUUUCUCCACGGAUGUGACUUUGUUGCUGCAGCUCAGGCACAUGUUGAUUACUCAUUCAGAACUGAAAUGAGAUGCAGCUCAGCACUGAGGUGUUGCUGUUACACCAUUGCAGAUGCAUUAAUGAAAGCACAGAGAGGUCAAGUAACGUGCCAUGGUCGUGUGAUGAAACAGUCCUGUGAAAGAAACUCUUCAGUAGCACCUCCUGUGCCUAGUUUGAGCUGAAGGUGUGAGGGGAGCAAGCAGCAGGCUGCUGUGUUGCUGAAACCAUAUCUAGCUGACCCUGUCUUCCAGACUGUGUGCUCCAUGCUUUAAAACCGAGCGGACCUUGGUGUUCUGAAAUGAAGAUGGAGGCAGCAGGAAAAGCAGAAGAACUUUUGGAUUCAGAAGUUCCACCAAAGGCUUCUGAGAAGCAGAAGACAGCUUCUGAGAAGCAGGAGACGGCUUCUGUGAAGCAGGAGACGGCUCCUGAUGAAGAUGGACCUAUAGAACUGGAGACACAUACUCAGAAAGACAGCGAGCCCACUGCAUCAGACUCCGCAGUGCUCUCUUCAAUGCCUUGCUUACUGAUGGAACUGAGAAGAGACUCCUCAGAGUCUCAGCUAGCAUCUCCAGAGAGUGAUAAGCCAGUGGAUGGUCAAGUUUAUGAGAGUGACUCUUCUAAUCAUUGCACGCUUUCUCCUUCUUCCAGUGGGCAUUUAGCUGACUCAGAUACAUCGUCUUCCACAGAGUAUGAGCCCUCUCAAGCUGAAGCUGCUGUGGAAGAAGACCCUUCUGGGGUCUCUGGAUCUGCAGCUGGGAGGAAAUCCAGGCGAUCCAGGUCCGAAAGUGAAAUUUCUACAAUGGCUGCCAAGAAAAACCGACAGUCUGUCGAUAAGCAGAAUAGUCGAGUUACCAAGGUAAAAGGUUACCGAAGCCAAAAGCACAAAGAAAGAAUCCGGCUGUUAAGGCAGAAACGGGAAGCAGCUGCUCGCAAGAAGUACAACCUGCUGCAGGACAGCAGCACCAGUGAUAGUGACCUGACGUGUGACUCGAGCGCGAGUUCAUCAGAUGAAGAUGAAGCGGUUUCAGGGAGCAGCAAGACAAUCACUGCAGAGAUACCAGAUGGACCUCCAGUUGUAGCUCAUUAUGAUAUAUCAGACACAAAUUCAGACCCAGAAGUGGUAAACGUGGACAAUCUGUUGGCGACUGAAGUGGUGCAAGAGCACAAUAAUUCCUUAGGAAACCAAGACCUGGAAUCUAGCUGGGGAAACAGAGGGCUGCUGGAUGAGCUGGGUGCUGAUGGAGGUUGUUUGGAUACAGGCUUCCUUGCAAGUGGACCCUCUCCUAGUAACACCCAGAUCAAUGAAGAAAUUAAUAUCAGCUCUUCCGACAGUGAAGUAGAGAUUGUUGGAGUUCAGGAGCAUGGCAGGUAUGUUCAUCCGAGUGGAGGUGUGAUCCAGAGUGUGUCUUCCUGGAAGCAUGGCUCGGGCUCACAGUACAUUAACGCUCAGCAAACACAAUCACGGAGAGCUGUGACUCCUCAGCAGAAUUGUUCUUCCCCCCCAGAAGUAGUAGACCUGACUUUGGAUGAGGAUAGCACGCACAAAUAUCUACUGUAAUGCUGUGUCACUGUGUGUCUGUCCCCAUCCCUUCUCCUUUUGUGGCACAGAAGUCAUAGCUUCAGCUUCAGAAGCCCCAUUCCUGGCAUUAUGAGUCUCAAGCUCAUGAAGUUUUGUGGGUUUUUUUAUUUCCAUAAGAAUGCAGUAUAAUUUUAAUAUCACUUAAAUCUUUAUUCUUAUUUUUGUCUUCUUAAAGGAGGAUUCCUCCCAGAAUUAAAACCUAGUAGAUCCAAAUUUAAAACACAUCCAUAUUUACUAAUUUGAGUGCUAAUCUGAAGAAAUAGUUGUGUGCAAAGUCAUGUCCUCUGACUCAUCCCCACCUCCAACCUCAGAACAUUUUAAAUUUAUCAGUAUAUUUAGUUUGUAAGUAGCAGUUAGUGUUUUGCAGUGUGAGCAUCAGUGGUUUUGAGAAAUGCUGUGUCCUCACUGGUUUCAGUGGACCUGGAGGUAUUCAACACUUUAGAAAACUGGGCCAGGAGUAUUAAUAUCUGAGCUGAUUUGGUUGUGUUACCCGCAGGAGGGACUGUCUUUAAUACAAAAGGCCCAUGACAUAUGCACUGAACAGCUUCUAAAGGACUUUUAUUUUCGAUAUAAUUUAUAGUUUACACUCUUUUCAGUGCUGACUCUUCUGUCUACUUGACUACUGUGUUUCACUGAUCACAUGCCACGGCUUGUUACGGUUUAGAGCAGCAGUAGAAACUGUCUAGCAGCUGCUGUCCAUUGCAAAAGCACAAGAACAUGACAAGUAAUAAAAAGACCCAACAUCCGUCUGCUUUUUUAAACGUGUACAAACUUUUUCCCUAUUUCUGAAUCUUGCCUGGAGUAGGGAAAGGAGAGAAAGGAGACAUACUUGCUCCUAGUCUUCAUUUCUACUAUUGCUCAUUUGCUUUCGUUGACCAUCUCAAAACAUGUGUGAAGUCCCAGUCUGGCACAGCACUUUAACAGAUGCAUAGUGUUAAUCCUGGAAGUUUCCUGAAGUUGUGGGGCCAUUGGGGAAGGGACAGAGUCUGCGUUCCUAAGAAACCCAUACAUGUGGCACUUGGGGACUGGUUAGUGGGGACGGUGAGGAUGGGUUGGAGUUUGACUUGGGGAUCUUUGAGGUCUUCUCCAACCUAUGCUUCACGUGCUUCAGACUCUGCCCCAGAGGGUAUUGAUGGAUCAGAGCAUAAGGUUGUGGUCUUUUCUUUAACAGAUCUGCACCAUUUUCCUGCAGCUCGUGUCUCUUAUCCUAGUUUUGGAAUUGCUUUUAGGGUACAAUCCAGGAAACACUUUGUUUGCUUGACCGAGACGAGCAGAACUGUGUACUUCAGUGGGCUCCAUUUUCAGCAGCACAUAUGGGAAUUCUUAGCCCUUAUCUGCCAUUUUGAGCCUUUUCUCCAGGCAAAAACCAAAGAUUAGACUUACGCAGGUUGAUAUUCACUUUAAAUGUGUGUUGUGCAAUUAAAAAACUCCCUUGUAUUCGAAAUUUUUCCUGAUGGAAAUUUUACACAGCUCCAUCAGCAGGUUUUUUUCUUUUUGUUUAUUUGUUUGUUUUUUGUCUUUGCCUGUUAAGGCUGAAACAGGGGAUAAUUACAUCAUGGGGAGUUACGUUUCCUUUUUGUGUUGUCUGUUUGUUGUCUUUUUUUCUUAAAUACAUUUGGCUCCCACCAAUUUUUCUCUGCGAGCCAAAAACAGA